AUGUCUUCGCUCGAUUCUUACAAGACACGGCUCCUCGAGCAAGCUGCGCAAGUCGGCGCUCUCAAAUUCGGCAACUUCACGCUCAAAUCUGGCCGUAAAUCUCCUUACUUCUUCAACGCGGGUCUCAUGUCCGAUGGCACCAUUUUGCACACAGUCGCACAAGCUUACGCUGCCACUCUCUGCGCUGCGGCUUCUGAUGAUGAUACCAUGGUCAACCCCUUUUCCGAUUUUGAUAUUCUCUUUGGACCUGCCUACAAAGGCAUUUCCCUCGCAGCUUGCACCGCACUCGUACUUGCAUCCGUGUAUGGCCGCGAUGUCAAAUUUGCAUACGAUCGGAAGGAGGCGAAAGAUCACGGUGAAGGCGGCAGUGUUGUCGGAUGGCCGUCAGGUCGCAAUGAGAAAUGGCGUGUAGUGAUUGUGGAUGACGUGAUGACUACUGGUCUUGCAGCAAGCUCCGCGAUAAAACUUGUGGCUCGGCAGGGCGGAGAAGUGGUGGGCGUUGUACAGCUUCUUGAUCGGGAGGAGUUUUCCGAGAUAGACGAGCAGGGAUGCAAGGUCAGCUCGGUGAUGAAGCUGGAGAGUUUGCUGGGAGGAAAGGGGAAGGUACGAAGUGUCUUGAAGAUGCGGGACCUAGUACAGUGGUUAGAGGAGAAGGAAGCGCAGGGGCAGACAACGGAGGAAGAGAAGAGGAGUUUGCAGGCGAUGAGGGAGUAUAGAGAUACGUAUGGUAUAUCUUCGUCUUAA